GUUUUCCAUAGCAUAUUUACCUAUACUCCUUAAACGUGUUAAUAAAAUGUCAGUUGCUGGUGCCUUAUCUAACCGCCCUCUCACGAGUAACGUUCGAGAAAGCGUUGAGCGGUACAACAGGUUAGAUGUUUUAGGCGAGGGUACCUACGGUGUGGUUUACCGAGCGGUUGAUAAAACAAACGGUCAGGUGGUAGCGCUCAAGAAAGUUCGGCUUGAUCGCAACGAUGAAGGAAUUCCUCAAACCGCGCUGCGGGAGGUUUCAGUGCUACAGGAAGUCCACCACCCCAACAUCGUCAAUUUAUUGGAUGUAAUCUGUUCGGAUGGUAAACUUUACCUCAUCUUUGAAUUUGUUGACCGUGAUUUGAAAAAAGCACUUGAAAAGCAUGGACCUUUCGCUAGCAUAGAGCUAAAGCGACUCAUCUUUCAGCUGCUGGAUGGUCUUUUCUUUUGCCAUCGACACCGUAUCGUCCACCGUGAUCUCAAACCCGCAAAUAUUCUUCUCACUCAAAACGGCAUUCUGAAACUGGCCGACUUCGGUCUCGCACGGGCUUUCCAUGUCCCUAUGCACACUUACACCCACGAAGUCGUCACUUUGUGGUAUAGAGCCCCAGAAAUUCUACUCGGGGAAAAACACUACGCCCCGGCCGUGGAUAUGUGGAGUGUCGGUUGCAUUUUUGCUGAGCUUACGAAAGGAAAGGUUAUGUUUCGUGGCGACAGUGAAAUUGGGCAGCUCUUUGAGAUUUUUCAGGUUCUGGGAACACCAAAAGAUUGCGAGGGAUCUUGGCCGGGUGUGUCGCGUUUGCCGGACUAUCGGGAUGUAUUCCCCAAAUGGCCUGCCAAACGGCUCGAGCAACUUUUACCAAACCUAGAUGCUGAAGGAAUUGAUCUCUUGAUGAGGAUGCUUAAGUACGAUCCGGCAGAGCGUAUUUCAGCAAAGGCGGCACUCAAGCAUCCAUGGUUUAAUGAUCUUAGACUUUGAUUCUUUUUCUCACAUAUCGUAUUAAAGGACAGGUAUGGUUAUUUCAGGUGAAAAAGAUUCUUAGAUGCAAUUACCUUUUUUUUCUUUAGAGAAUUCACGGAAACACAGACAGCGACUAGCUUCAAUUUUACUAUUGUUUAUAUUUCUUUUAAAAAAAAAUCAGGUUCAGAAUAUCUAUGAUUAGAACUAAUUGUACUUAAUAUUUAUUCUUAUUUUUAUGCAGGUCUGCACACUUU